GGGGGUUUUAGAAGCUAAAACAAACAUUUGACCUUUCCACCUCUAUAAACCUCGCCGCUCGCUUUGAUUUAAAGGUAAAACCCCCCAAACAACAAUGGCCGAUGCUCACGUCACCACUCCGAUGGCUGACGACAGCAAUCCGGCCGCCGUAGUCGACGAGACGAAGCUUCUAGAGUACGCCGUUCAGGAACUGCCUGCUGACGCCGUUAAAGAAUUGAUUACGCACGAGGUGUGCGUGCGAUGCAUCUUUCGUCUGUUCAACAUCCACGAGGGUAUUUAUGCUUUGAUCUCCCCAACAACACUAUAUUCCGUUAUUAAAAAGCCAAUAGAGGUGGAAGCCGUGACAACUAAUAGUUCUCAGACGUCAGAAGUGAAGUCAAACAUUUGUUCAAUUUGCUUAGGUGUCAUGCAAUUUAGUUAUCGUGAUCAAAGAGAUGUAUUGGUGGAGAAGGAUCAUGCUGCGGAUUUUGCAACGCUAGUUGCUGAAAGUGUUAAAGAGAAGUACGAUGAAAUUGCCAGCUUUACUCUUGAAGUCUCGUUGCCAACACUUAUCACCGAAAAUGAAUCGGUUAUUCUGUCGUAUAUGAAAGAGAAGUACGCUUCUGAAGUUUGGUUUCAAGAGAAAUUCUCAUUUGAACGUAUUAUUUCAGUAAAGGAUGCACUCAAACAAUCUAUAACACAUUCCCUUGAAACAUUAUUGGGUGUAAAAUCUAGUGUUAGUGAUUUUCGCAUCCGUUUGACAUACGAGCAUGUUGAUUCGACAUCUGCUGAAAACAGGACGGGGAAAAACCAAUGCAACAAGAGAAUAAAAUCAGAUAAUGGAUUUGCAAAACAUACCAAUGAGACGGCGCAGAUAAUGGAUUUGAAAAAGGUUGGUCAACCUUGUCACAUGACAUUGACUUGUUCUGCCGCACCUGUCUACAUCGGUGGUCGAUAUUUGAAGUUGUCACGAAAUGUGAGUCAGACGCGUUGGAUAAUCGAUGAUGAAAGGAAGGGAGAGGCAUCUGUAGAGGAACUUAUUGGUGAAAACAUUCUUCCCAUGUGUAAAGGUGAAGGCUACAAGUUUCAUGCUGCAGGGAGAGAGGAUAUAGAUGUAAGGAUGUUGGGUUCAGGAAGACCGUUUUUGAUCGAGAUACAAAAUGCACGUCAUCUUCCUUCUGAGGCGUCCGUUAAGGAAAUGGAAAAGAAGAUAAAUAAUCUUGAAAGUAAUCUGGUUAGAGUGAAACAUCUCCAGAUUUUGGGGAGUCAAGGUUGGAGCUUAAUGCGUGAAGGAGAAACCGAAAAACAGAAACAAUAUGCUGCUUUGGUAUGGAUAUCUCGCUCUAUUAACGAUAACGAUCUUGAAGCAGUGUCAUCGCUUAAGGACUUGAAAGUUUUGCAGAGAACACCAAUACGGGUACUUCAUCGUCGAAGUCCUUUAGACCGUGAAAAGAUUAUACAUUGGAUGAAAAUUGAGAAAAUUGGCGGGAGUUCUCAAUAUUUUCUACUUCAUCUAUGCACACAGGCUGGCACUUACAUCAAGGAAUUCGUUCACGGAGAUCUUGGACGUACCCAUCCUAGCAUUGGGUCUAUUCUUGGGUGCAGGGCAGAAAUUUUGCAACUUGAUGUGACAGAUGUGAAAAUGGAUAUCCUAAACGAAUAAGUCUUCUUUUUAGUUUUAUUUAUUUACUGUUUUUGCAGAUUUUUAGUGGAUAUUAUAAUAUUAUGUAACGAUUUGUAGCAAGCUCAUGUUUAAUUUUUGUAUCCUGUUUUAUGUAACAUUUACAGACACAAUUUUCAUAAAAUUUAUUAUCCUUCAUGGGUUAA